CAAACGGCUGACAAUGACUUCACAACGGAGUCCAUAUUUGUUUAUUGGACCCAAUAAACUGAUCCCUACCAGCAUCUUCUAGGGUUUUCUUUGAAGGUCCCCAAAACCCCAUCUAAUCCUACACUGAACUGAACUCCAGCUCAACGUUUCUCAAAACCCCUCUCAAACUCAGCUUUUUUGAGCCUUUUCAAGCUGUAAAGGUAUCGACUGUUUUUCAGUAACUGUAAGUACUCUUUUCUCUAUGCCCCUUUAUAAUCAGAGCUCAAAGAUUGCGACUUUCAAUGUUAUUUUGAUUGAAUUUAAGCUCAAGUAAGUAAUUUUCCAAUUGGGUUCCUGAGAUUUUGUGAGUUAGGGAAGGUUUAAUCAUAUGGGGAAAUCUGGAGGUAAGAAAAAGAAGGGAAUUGGUGCUGGUGCAAACCAAGCAUUGAGUGGGGAAAAUAAUGGUAAUUCAAAUUCAAAAGCUAUCCCAAAUGCUAAUGGGGGUAUUGGUUUAGACUCUUCAAUAUUUUUGAAAAGAGCCCAUGAGCUUAAAGAAGAAGGGAACAAGAGGUUUCAGAACAAGGACUAUGCAGGUGCUCUUGAACAAUAUGACAAUGCCCUUCGCUUAACUCCCAAAACACACCCUGAUCGUGCUGUGUUUCAUAGCAAUAGGGCUGCUUGUUUGAUGCAAAUGAAACCUAUUGAUUAUGAGACUGUUAUUGCUGAGUGUACUAUGGCACUUCAAGUGCAGCCACAGUUUGUAAGGGCUCUUCUUAGGAGGGCUCGUGCAUUUGAGGCCAUAGGGAAGUAUGAAAUGGCUAUGCAGGAUGUUCAGGUUUUGUUAGGGGCUGAUCCGAAUCACCAUGAUGCUUUGGAUAUUACUCGGAGAUUGAGGACUGCGUUUGGUCCUCGCCAAGAGGCUCAGCAGGACCUCCAGAGCCGUCCAUCCCCCGCUGCCUUAGGGGCGUCUGCGGUGCGUGGUGCCCCCAUUGGUGGUCUUGGGUCUUGUUUACCAGCCCGGCCAGUUUCGAAGAAGGCAGCUGCACCACCUGGGGGAUCUGUUGUAUCUCCUAGUAAUAAGAUGGAAAAGCCUCUGAUGGAUUUGGUCAGUGAAAAUGGUGCUGUGACCAAAAACCAGUUACCGAAACUUGUGUUGAAGCCUUUCAGUGAUUCUUCAAAAGCUUCUGCUAAUCCAGGAAAGGAUAGACAGGGAAAGGAGUCCCUAUCUUCCUCAAUGUCGUUGCCUAGACAGGUUUCAUUGUUGGCAGUUCGAUUAAGACCAUUGAAACUUGUCUAUGAUCAUGACAUAAGGCUAGCACAGAUGCCAGUUAAUUGUACUUUUAAAGGGCUAAGGGAGAUGGUGAGCAAGCGUUUUCCAUCAUCCAAGUCAGUUUUGAUCAAAUACAAAGAUACUGAUGGGGAUUUGGUGACUAUAACAUGCACAACUGAACUCAGAUUGGCAGAGUCCUCUGUAGACAGCCUUCUGGUAAAGGAGCCUGAUGCAGAUCAAACAGAUUCCGUUGGAAUGUUGAGAUUGCAUGUUGUUGAGGUGAGUCCAGAGCAAGAGCCAACAUUACUGGAAGAAGAGGAGGAGGAGGAUGAGAAGCCUCUUGAGAGUGAAGAGAACAAGGGGGGUGAAAGUGGGUCGCAUUCAUCGCUUGGUGAAUCUGUGUUAGAAGUGGUUGAUACUGAAAUUGACAAGGCAGAGAAAGAAACUACAAAGGAGAAACCAGGAGCUUCAGAGGAUCCAGAAAGCAAGGAAGUAGAGAUGGAUGAUUGGUUGUUUGAGUUUGCUCAACUAUUUCGCACCCAUGUUGGUAUUGACCCAGAUGCUCAUAUUGACUUGCAUGAACUUGGGAUGGAGCUUUGUUCAGAUGCUCUUGAGGAGACAGUAACAAGUGAAGAAGCUCAAAGCCUUUUUGAUAAGGCUGCCUCAAAGUUCCAGGAAGUGGCUGCUUUGGCUUUUUUCAAUUGGGGAAAUGUCCAUAUGUGUGCAGCAAGAAAACGCAUACCUGUAGACGAGUCUGCUGGAAAGGAGGUUGUGUCUGCACAGCUUCAAGCAGCUUAUGGCUGGGUAAAGGAGAGUUAUUCUUUGGCCAGGGAGAAGUAUGAGGAAGCACUCUCAAUCAAGCCUGACUUUUAUGAGGGUUUGCUGGCAUUGGGGCAGCAGCAAUUUGAAAUGGCCAAACUUCAUUGGUCAUUUGCUCUUGCUAAUAAAAUAGAUCUCUCAAGCUGGGACUCUGUGGAAACUCUUAAACUCUUUGACAGUGCAGAGGAGAAGAUGAAAGCAGCAACUGAGAUGUGGGAGAAGCUGGAGGAGCAGAAAGCAAACGAGCUAAAAGAUCCAAGUGCAAGCAAGAAGGAUGAAAUGUUGAGAAGAAGAAAGAAACUAGGAAGUAAUGUUGAAUGCGAGUCCUCUGAAAGUGGUUCUCAGGGUGAGAUUACGCCGGAAGAAGCAGCUGAACAAGCAGCAGUGAUGAGAUCACAGAUACAUCUUUUCUGGGGUAACAUGCUUUUUGAACGAUCCCAAGUUGAGUGCAAGUUAGGAAUGGAUGGUUGGAAGAAUAAACUUGAUGCUGCAGUUGAGCGCUUUGGGCUUGCUGGAGCAUCUGACGCUGACAUUUCAAUGGUUUUGAAGAACCAUUGCUCCAAUGGAGAUGCAGCGGAAGGAGAUGACAAAAAGGUUCAGAAUUCAAACACUGAUAAUGUUAAUGGAGCAGAUAAGAGUGAGGUAAAUAAAGUAUGAUAGAAGUAUAGACUGAUGUUUCCUUAGUGUGAAAUGGCAUCCAUGAAUAACCUCCUUGUGUUCCCGUUAAUGAACAUAAAGCCGGGGGAAAGAAGUUCUUUUCUCUCUGCUGGAGGAUGAAUUCUGGAAAUGACUGUUUGGGUCUCAGCAUUGAAAAGGAGUGUACCCCAACAGAUAUUUACAAUAUUUGCAUUGCAAAGUCUUCAUGUUAACUUUGGAAGUGAUGUUUUUCUGUUUGAAUACCAAUGAGUUUUCCAUAAACAAUUUGAUGCUCCUAGGAUUUUUGACAUUAGCGUGGUCAAAUAAUGAAUUCUUGAUUUUUAUGGAACACAGCCUAUACUGGUUGUAGUUGUUGCA